AUGACAGUGACAAACAAGAUCUUCGUAAUUGUUGGAGCGACCGGGACGCAGGGGGGCUCGAUUGUGGACACAUUUCUUGGUCAGCCAGGUUGGAGAAUACGAGGAAUAACAAGGUCUUUGGGAUCACCAUCUUCGAAGAGACUUUCUGCUUGUGGCGUUGAGAUGGUGGAAGCGGACCUUAACGAUUUGGAGUCGUUGUCCCGUGCUUUCCAAGGAGCUCAUGUCAUUUUCGGAGUCACCGACUUUUGGAAACCAUUGAGCGACCCAAAUCUGACCAGAACACGGAAAACGGGUCAGAAACUCAGUCAAUGGGCUUACGAGUACGAGCUUCAGCAGGGCAAGAACAUAUUCGAUGCAGCAGCUACUGUCCCGGUCCUAGAGCGGCUGGUCUUUUCCACCAUUGCAGAUGUGGCCGAACACAGUGAAGGGAAAUACACAGGUGCCUACCACGCGGAUACAAAGGCGCAUGCAGAGAAGUACGGGAAAGAAAGACAUCCUGAGCUCUGGAAGAAGACGAGUACAAUUCAAGUCGGCGUUUACCUGUCAAAUUUUGCUCAACUGGCGACAGAAAUGCCUAAGAAGGAAGCAGACGGGUCUUUCACCUUUGUCAAUCAGUUCACUGCCGAUACCCCACUUCCUUUGAUCGCCGCCGAGGAAGAUACUGGCCCGCUUGUUCAGGCAUUGCUCCAAGAGCCCCCGGGGAUAAAGCUCAUGGGCUAUCGAGCAUGGAUGAAAUUUGGUGACUUCGUUGAAGCGUGGAGUAAGACCCUCAACGUCAAGGCCAGAAUCACCACGCUCCCAAUCCACGUUAUCAUAGACGGUAUGCCCGGUGAUUUGGAGCCCGACGUGAGAGAAAUGCUGGCAGAGGGCAUGGCAAAUAUGACCGAGUUUGGAUUCAAGCUGCGGGAAGAUCCCGCCUUAACUCAACCUCACGCGUCAAACCUGACCACCAUCAAAGCGGUACAAGAGAAGCUUGGAAUGCCACCCAGCAAGUAUCACCGUCCUGAACUGGCAAACGAAGAACAAGAAAUAUUGGAGCACUACAGAGAAUGGAUCCAUUUCAACCACACCGACUUUGGGAAUAAGGAAAGGGCAAAAUCAUUCUACGACCUCCCUGAGACCAUGUACUUUGAUCUCAUGAAAGUGAUUCCUCGUGGAGGUUUCGCUCAGCACUACGACAGCAUUGACGUGUACUACGACGACUCGCACCUCGCGUGCAAAGAUUUGGAAAUUGUGGCGACCUCCAAGGACUCGGGCUACGGCACCAUGAUUCAGAGAUAUUGGGGUACAGGGACAGAUGGAAAACAGUUCUCCUUCACCUUUCGAAUGACUAGUCUGUUAAGGAAGAUCGACGGGAAAUGGAAAUGGAUCCACGAGCACGUUUCUUUCCCAGUUGAUCUCGUCACUGGUCAGGGUGAUUUGACUUGUGGUACUGGCACUUCUGGUAAGCCAGAAAACUAA